AUGUUGUCCCCUUUGCUCAUCUUCCCUCUGCUGCUGGGGACCACAGCACACAGCCCUGUGAGCAGAGCAGCUUCCAGGGAUGUCACCACUUUUUUCCAGCUGGCUCAGGAGGACACUUGGGAGAAUGUUAAUCUCACCAGCAUGUCCUGUGAGGAUCAGAAGAACAGGACCUGGAUCACCCUGCAGCUGACCAACAGCAGCCUGACAGCUUUCCCAGUCUGCCUUCCAGAGGCCCUGCAGAGCCUGGAUCUGAGCAAUAACCUCUUGCAGGAGGUGAAUGGCACAGAGAUAGCAAACCUGCCUCAGCUGCGUGUCCUCUCGCUGAGGCACAACCACCUCUGGGCAGUGAGGUGGGGAUCUGAAACCCUCAGCAGUCUCCUCAAGCUGGACUUGAGUUUUAACAAGCUGUCAGCUGCGCCAUCCUGCCUCGGCUCUGCCCUGCCCAACCUGAGGUGGCUGUCCUUGGCUGGCAAUCCCCUGAUUGAAAUCCAGCCGCUGGCUUUUUCCUGCUACCCUGAGCUGCAGGUCCUGAACCUCUCUGUGACGCUGCUGGGGCAGGAUGACAGCAGGGGAAUCAGGGACUCUGCUUUUGCCAUCAGCACAGAUCCCCACGAGGCCAUGGACAGGCCUGGGAACUCCAUCGAGGUGCUUGAUCUGAGCAGGACCUUUCUUGAGACCAUUCGACCAGAGUGGGCCAGAGGCUUGGCCAGCCUCAGAUCACUUUACCUGACGAACAUGGCACGGUUAAGAAGCCUCGACAGCGACUUCCUCAUGUCCCUGCCUGGUCUCCGAGAAUUGCACUGUCAGGACUCCCAUUCCCUGGGCUUUGUGCAGACAGAGGUGUUUGACAGUGCUCCUCACCUGAGCCAUCUCUCCUUUGAGAACUGUAACCUGAGUUCCUUUAAUCCUUGGAACACCAGUUCCUCGGAGGGCAUCACCAUCAACUUGCACGGGAAUCCUCUGCUGUGCAGCUGCCAUCUCUCCUGGCUGCUGUCCACGCCCCAGAAAGUUGUUCUGCAAAAGGCUCGGGAGACCUUUUGUACAUCCCAGGAAGAUUCGGGCAGACCUUCAACACCUUUUUCACUGCUGGAGCUCUACAACAAGUGCCAGUCAGGAAGCAACGUUACACAGCCCGACUCAAACACAGCCCCUCCUGAGGGUGAUGCUUUCAGCUUCACCAGCCGUGAUGCCUCUGCUGCAGUAACACCAGACUCAGCCCUGCUGACAACAGAUCUGACUCACACCAGCUCCCUCAUCCAGAGGGGUGUGGUGAGCACUGCAGCAUCCAACCCAAUGCCAACCAAAAACACCUAUACCAGCUCUCUAAUCCAGAGGGGUGUGAGGGGUGUGAUGAGCACUGCAGCAUCCAACCCAAUGCCAACCAAAGACACCUACACCAGCUCUCUAAUCCAGAGGGCUGCAAGGAGCACAGCAGCAUCCAACCCAAUGCUAACCAAAGACAUCCACACCAGCUCCCUCAUCCAGAGGGAUGCAAGGAGCACAGCAGCAUCCAACCCAACAGAGCCCAUCCUAACAAAUGCCAACAGUUCAUCCCACGAGGAGGAGGCAGUUUCUGAACCCACAAGCAGUCCCCCUUCCUUGGCAUCUGUAACCUCCUUACCAGUUUUUUUCCAGGAGUUCUUUGCUCAGUCCCCAGACCACAGCUCCCCAAGUCCAGCUGGAACAGAACAGCUCCAGAGAGGGCUCAGAACAACUGAAAUGACACACCCUCGGGAAGGGCCAUUCAAGCAGAGCACCAGUGCCUUUUCCACUGGAGGAACAGGAGUCCCCCACAGCACCACCCACCACAGUCGCUCCUCUGCCACCCCUGCCAGGCAAGGUGCCCCCCAGACGAACCCCACGAGGAGCAGUGCCCCCUCAGGGGCCGUGCCCACCACUCCAUCCCCACACUACACCGAUGACUAUAACUACUAUGACGAGCCCAGGGAGGAAGGCCCAGUGCAGACAGCCCAGGCUCCCUGUGACUACGAUCCCUGCAGGCACCUGCAGAAGCCGUGCAAGCAGCUCCAGAACAUAUCCCAGUGCUCAUGUCCUGGCACUUCCAGGGAAGACAAGGUUCCAGGCGCCCCCAGGCUCAGGGCAGUGACCGAGAUCACCGACAGCUCCGCACAGAUCCGCUGGUGUGCCCCAAACUCUGUUGUUCACAGCUAUGAGCUGAUGCUUCAUGCCCAAGACAGCGAGGACAGGCAGUUUGUCAUGGACAACAUCUACCCCACGGCCAGGCAGUACACCCUGUACAACCUGCUGCCAUUCACCACCUACCACAUCUGUGUCACUGCCUCCAACAAGGCAGGGUCAAGCCAGACCACACCAGGCCAGGAAAUUCCAGGUAAUUCGUGCACCAGCUUUAAAACAAAACCCAGCUACAAGUAUGUUUUUGCUGGUCUGUCUGCAGCAAGUGGACUCUUUCUCAUUACCACAAUUAUUUUGUCUGUAUGUCUGUGCAAGGCGUGUAAAAAGCCUCAGAGUGAGCAGUAUGGCACACACUUAGUCUCCUACAAGAACCCAGCAUUUGAUUAUCCCUUAAAAGUGCAAACCACAAAUUAGCUCUGGGUGAUUGUUCUAUACAGUCAAAGUUCACUAUCUCUAUCACCUUGGUGUGUGU